AUGUUUGCACGCUCCACCCUCUUUGCCUGGGCGCUGACCCUUCUCUAUGCGCAUGUCGCCUUUGCGCAGUUUGGCUUCUUCGACCAAAUGUUUGGCGGCGGCGGCGGCCAGCAGCACAACGACCCGCAGAACGUGCCGAGCGACUCGGCGUGGUACCGGGGCAACGUCGAGAAGAUGCACUGCGACAAAUAUCUGUGUCCAGACACCCUGGCGUGUGUCCACUUUGCCCACCACUGCCCGUGCCCGUUCCCGAGCAUCGAGGACAAGUUUGAGCUGGCCGAGGGCAACCGGCUGUGUGUGUCGCGCGGUGGAUUCAAGGAGGGCGAGGCGGCGCGCAAGAUUGAGCUGGCACGAAAAGGUAUGCUGUAA